GGAAGGAUGGAUGGCUGGAUAGACAAAUCAUGGUUAAAUAGACCGUGGGAAGGUAGUUGGGUGGGUUUGUUCAUAGGUGGGUAAGUAGGCAGGUAGAUAUAAACCACUAACUAAUAUGCCCCUAAUCUCUGGAUCAUCUGUUUGCAAAUGGCAUCCAGAACAUAAUACAUAAUUAAUUUCAUAAAACAUUUCUGUUUGCAUAGCCUCUGCAUGAAAAACGCCAUAGUUUGGCUAGUCCUCUGUCAAGGGUAGGACAUAGAAUGAACUGUAAAGUAUAUGACUUGUGUGCCAGUAUAUGCUUUGCAUUGGUAUUACGGUGACUAGAAUGGCUUUCAUGAUAUUUAAUAGGUCAUUUGUUAUAUUCUCUUUCAUUUUCCUUUUUAGACUGUUUUACAGUUAGGCGAUGGAGAACAUGCAAAAACAAAACUGGAUAUUACAAUAUGAAUAGCACGUGCAGAGUCUGCAUUUCAGGUCCACUAUAUAUGCCAAGUUCAAAAUGCUGAACAGGGAUAAACUAACAAGGGGCACCCAAAUCCAACAAGAAUGGGAAAGGUAAUGUGCACAACUGAGUAGGCUCCAGUACUGUACAGAGUAGAUUUGAUUAUUAUUAACAAAAAAUACUACAAUAACGUUCAAUUAUUACACACACCUGAGGUUAUUUGUAUAAUGAAGUUAUUUUUGAUAGCAACAUGUUAUUUUUGUUUUAUGUUUUUUUUUCAAUUUUAGAUCAUUUUCUUUGAAGACAAGAACUUUGGUGGUCGCCACUAUGAGUGCAGCGAAGACUGCACCGACCUGCACUCCCACUUCCGCCAGUGCAACUCCAUUAGGGUGGAGAGUGGCUGCUUCAUGAUCUACGAGGACACUGACUACAUGGGCCACCAGUACUUUGUAUGUGAAGGAAAAUACCCAGAUUUCCAGAAGUGGAUGGGUGCUAAUGAUUCCAUUUGUUCCUGUCGUGCGAUUCCUCAGUGUAAGAAUUCCUACAAACUGUCCCUCUACGAGAGAACUGAGUUUGGUGGCCAGAUGAUGGAUCUCAUGGAGAACUGCCCAAGUGUCAUGGACCGCUUCCACACCAAUGACAUCUUCUCCUGCAAGGUGAAGGAAGGCAACUGGCUUUUCUACGAGCAUCCCAACUACAAGGGCAGGAUGUACCUAAUGAUGCCCGGAGAAUACCGAAGAUUCAGCGAAUGGGGAGGAGUCAAUGCCCGAGUGGGCUCCAUCAGACGCAUUGUGGAUAACUAAAGACUAAAAUAACAAUUUAAAGUUGAAGUUUAUGGAUAUUAUUACUCAUGGACUACUACUCACAUCUGGGCAAAACAGAGAAAUAUUC